AUGUUUAAAUUUAGCUUAGGUUUAUUGUUAGUAACGUACGCUCUGGCAACAAGCCCUGAAGAGGAACAGGGAGUUCGGUUUGCCAGUAAAUGCGAGACAUGCAAAAUUCUCGCGACAGAACUGCAAGAACGUCUUUCAGAAACUGGAAAAUCUCAUGAUGUCAUUGAAACAGGUUAUUCCGUAGAUGAUGUCAAACCCAAAAAGCGUACGGAAUAUCGUCGGAGUGAACUGCGAUUGCUGGAGUCAUUAGAAAAUGUGUGUGAUAGGAUAUUAGAGUACAAUUUACACAAGGAACGCAGCGAUAGCACUCGUUUCGCCAAAGGCAUGUCUGAAACAUUCAAAACAUUGCAUGGCCUGGUGGAUAAAGGAGUAAAGGUGGACUUGGGAAUUCCUCAGGAGUUGUGGGACAAACCUCCUGUAGAGGUUACACACAUGAAGAGCCAGUGCGAGGAUAUGCUGGAGCAAUAUGAGGACACCAUCUACGAAUGGUAUUUCCAUGAACAAGACCAAAAGGGUCUAAUAGAUCAUUUGUGUGCCGAACAAGUCCUACAAGAAAACGAUAAAAAAUGUUUGAAGGAAACCCUACAAAAUGCUGGUGAAAAACGAAAGUCAAAAAAGAAUGCCAAAGGUGACAGGGGAGGGGAACUGUAG